CAUAUAUAUAUAUAUAUUAUAUAUACACACAUAUAUAUAUAUAUGUAUGCAUAUGCAUAUAUUAAUAUAUAUAUAUGUAUGAAAAUAUAUCUUUCCUUUGUAGUGACAACAGCUCUGUUUGGAAGAAUUUCCCCUGUCAAGUAGUCAGUGAAUGCAUCAUCAAUAUCUAAAUAACUACGUAUCAUGAAAAAAACCCCAAGGUGUGAUAUCUGCGGCAAAGUGUUUUCCCGCCGAGACAAUCUCGAGAGACAUAAGGCUACUCACCAAGGAACUAAGCUUUUCACUUGUGAAGUGUGUAGUAAACAUUUUUCGCGUAAGUCCUACCUCAAGGUCCAUCGAAGAAUCCACACGGGCGAAAGACCCUAUAAGUGUCCCACUUGCAGUUACGUUUUCAGUCGACACGACCACCUGGCUACUCACCUGUCAACCCACCAGGACCACCGGCUUUAUACGUGUGAUGUCUGUUGCAAAGCGUUCAGUCGGCGUUCCUACCUCGAUGUGCACAAACGUAUCCAUACUGGUGAAAGACCUUACAAGUGUUCAACAUGUGGCUAUGCAUUCAGUCGCAACGAUCACCUGGUCAGCCACCUGCGGACGCACCAAGGCUUGAAGCUGUUUACAUGCGAUGUCUGUUGCAAGGCAUUCAGCCGCCGUUCGUAUCUGAAAGUGCACAAACGCAUCCACACUGGUGAACGUCCGUUCAAGUGCACAAUCUGUGGAUAUGCAUUUGCUCGCAAUGACCAUCUGCAGAAUCACAACAAGCCAAACAAAGGCAUGAGAAAGAUCAGCUGUGUACCGCAGGGGCAUCUGCUGGAGCAGAUGCAACAUGGAGACUUGCAGCAUCCGACUGAGGUUGUUGGAUGUGACAUCAAUGGCAAAGACAUAGAAGAAGAUGAUGAAGAGGAGGAGGAGGAGGAAGAGGGAGAUGAAGAGGAGGAAGAUGAUGUGGGGAUAGCAGACGAGCUGGUAGGAGGAGGAAUAAUUGGAGGAGGACAAGAAGAAGAGGAAGAUGAUGAUGAAGAAGAUGCUGGAGGAGGAGGAGGUGAAAUAGGCAUAGGAGAAGAAGGAAUAGUAGCGGAAGGAAUCGGUGGAGAGAUGUUGCAACAACAACAGGAAGAACAGGCGGAACGAGAGGAGAAUCUUGGAGGCGACUGUAGCAGUAUCAUCAGUCACCCGCAGAUCACCACACUGGUGUGUCACCAACCAGAUCUUGCCACUGCGGCCACCCUAUCGGGCAUCGGUGAUGAGGACGAGCAGCAACAGCAGCAACAGCAAUUGGCUGUUGCCAGUGCCACGAUGGUAGAUCCAACCACCCAGCAUCUACACCCAGCAGUUAUGGCUACCGCCACCGCUGCUGUCACCACGGCUGGCACCACCACCACGUUGAUGUAUCCAAUCACGCAGAUCUUCCCAACGAUUCAGAUGUCGGCAACAGCCACACAGAUUUUCCCCACUAUCCAAAUGUUCCCUGUUGCCACCCAACUAUCAGCCGACAGUACCCAGCUCGGCCUGACCAAUCCCCACACUGGUGUGGCACACAAGCUCAACGGUUCCAUCACCACCUAAACCUUUCCUUCUCCUUCUCCUCCUCCUCAUUCUCAACUUAACCCUUUAUAAACAAAACAACAACACUAAUUCGUUAAAGCAAUAAUAUUUAUACAUCUUUAUAUAUACAUGCACAUAUAUAUAUG